AUGACGUCUUCCUUGCAAAUGCUUGCUUACGGUGCUGGGGCAGAUCAAUGUGCUGAGUAUUGUCGGAUGGCGAAAUCCACCUCCAUCGCAGUCCUUCAGCGAUUUACAAGAGGAAUUGUUAAUCUUAUUUAUCCUUGGUGGACGACUUUCUUGAAAACUAUUCGAAGUCCUACACGCCCCAAAGAAAUCGAGUUUGCAAAGGCUCAAGAGGAAUAUAGGAAGAAUGUGGAAAGAUGGUUUGGUAUAUUACAGUCACACUUUGGUAUUGUUAGAGGAGCUGCUCGUGGGUGGGAUAAAGAGGACCUUCGAUACAUCAUGUUGACUUGUAUUAUAUUACACAACAUGAUUGUCGAGGAUGAACUACCUGAAGACAGCGAUGAUGAGUUGGAAUCCGAUGAAGAAGAGGAGAACAAUAUGAGGCCCAAGAUUUCUGAGGUAUGGGAAGGACUCACCGGUAAUGACUUUGAUCAUGUUGGUAGAUAUGAUCAUUAUAUGAACGGAUUCAUGGAUCGAUACCAACAAAUUAGAUCUGAAUACACUCACUCAAACAUUCAGGAAUAUCUCAUUCAGCACUUCUGGGAAGUUAAAGGCAACAGGAGUAUCUAG